AGGAUCUCAGGCUAUUGUUGGAACUCAUCUCCACCUCACACAGCCAGACCAGCCUCAGGUGCCUCCCAGGAAAGGCUGCCCCUCAGGCCGUGGGACGGUUCCCAAGCCCGCCAAAAAUGAGGGGGAGGCCAAAACUGGCUUCCGGAUGGUUCGAGUUUUGGAUGACUGACAGCCCCAGAUCCUGCUCCAGGUUCCUUCCUCAGGAAAAGCCAAGGUCAGACACAACUUUGCCAAAUCCCUGCCCCUCCUUCAGGCUGGAGACACCACCCCCAAACUCACUAUAGGGGGAGGGAGGAAGUCUGAUAGGGACUCUUAUUGCAACAGGGCCUCAGCCUUAUAAAAAGCCCUGGUAACCAGGCCGUUACACAUCCUGCCUCUGUGUGUGCGCGCUGGCCUGAGUCUCUCAGCCUCACCUGCCAGACAACACCCCCUCCUUCCUCACCCUGUCUCCUGUAUUCUCCUGAAACCUGGAUCCACACAAUGCCUCCCAACCUCACUGGCUACUACCGCUUCGUCUCACAGAAGAACAUGGAGGACUACCUGCAAGCCUUAAACAUCAGCUUGGCUGUGCGGAAGAUCGCGCUGCUACUGAAGCCGGACAAGGAGAUCGACCACCAGGGCAACCACAUGACGGUGAGGACGCUCAGCACCUUCCAAAACUACACUGUGCAGUUCGAUGUGGGAGUGGAGUUUGAGGAGGACCUCAGGAGCGUGGACGGACGGAAAUGCCAGACCAUAGUAACCUGGAAGGAGGAGCAGCUGGUGUGUGUGCAGAAAGGGGAGGUCCCUAACCGGGGCUGGAGACACUGGCUGGAGGGAGAGAUGCUGUAUCUGGAACUGACUGCAAGGGAUGCAGUGUGCGAGCAGGUCUUCAGGAAGGUCAGAUAGCCAGAGAGGAACUGAGGCCCCUCCAGACAGCACCAGCCCACAGACCCUCCUGCCAUGGCCCCUUCAAGCCCAGAUUGUGCCAGGUCAGCUGUCCCUGCCUCUGGCCACCUACCCUCCCUCUGGGUCCCUCCUCACCCCUCCCCGUGUUAAUUUGUAACUUGUAGCCCCCAGGCCAAAGUCCUUUCUCACACACCACUGCCCAAUAGUGACCUCACUUCCAGGUCAAGGUCUGGCCUCCCAGAUGAAAGAAGCAGGCAAAGGGAAGGAACCCCUGAGAACCACCAAUGUCCCCUCCCUCCUGUCCAUUUGGCCUCUACUUUUCCUUCUAAGAAAGAACUAAGCUAUAGGCAUUUGGCGAUUAGUGAAAAUUCUAUCCUGAUGGACUUCUGGAAAACUGUGAGUGGGGUUCAAGAGUUUCAACAAGGGCUACUGGCAGAG